GGAAGACAGGGGAAACCCAUGCCAAGAAGCAUUUUGCUUGCCUCCAGGGUGCCCUGGGUUUCUUGGGUUCGGUCGUUUUGCGAUGGAAAGCGUGACGUUCCCACAGCAGAAAUCGAUGGACGUCCUGGGGUCUCAGGGUUGGGUUUCUUGUGGAAGAUUACUUUUGGUCGAGCUCUUACUGUAUAUGAUCGGUGUUCGCCUGGUACUGGCCGCAGCAUGCCAGACUGCAUGCUGAUGUCGAUCGGAGCACAUGCUGCCGUGAUCUUGCAUGCCCGCGAGCUAUCCGAGCGGAUCGUCAGGUCUGUGUGUCGAUAUUUUGCAACAAGUUUUCAGCAUGAGGAUAAAGCUCGCAAGUCUACGUGUCACCGUAAGCACAGCACCAUCAGUCGCCACUUGCUCUUGAUCUGAGAAGGUGGGGGAGACGGUGUCCGGUAGGGCGUGAGUCAUGCAACUUUGCAUAUCAGGUCAGAUCGGGCAUUCCGUCAUCGACCAUCAUCGAUCACGCCAGCCCAUUCGCCCCGCAGAUUUGGGGGAGUUUCGGAGGCUUAACGUACAGCACUUCUGGCACGGCGUAUGGCCCACUUUGUAAUGAUGGUGAUGAUCGUCGUAGUCGCCCUCCUCAUCCCCCACCUCUCGAUUCUGAAGGACCUUCGAGGGCUUUGCUUACGGCACCUCGGGUCCCGUGCAUGUAACGGACCAGGUCACGCAGGCGACGUCGGCAGAGUACUCGCUGCCCGGCCCGUGCCCGUCGGGCAGGUGCUCUGGGAGCGCGGAGGUGCCCGGUGGCGCCUGCAUCGUGGUGACAGGAGAUCUCCCGACUGCACCUACCACGCCGAGGAGGCGGGCUCCGUGCGCGUCGACGAGCUCACGGGCAUAACGGACCCCGCGCCCUUCCUCCGAGGCACCAAACGGAUGUACGACCCCGAGACGGACGCCGGCACAGGCUGCAGCUUCUGGGACGGAAGGCAGUGUGCGUCUCGCGCGUCGAAGGUCAAGGCUAUCUUCAAGACGAAGUACGAGCACCUUCCGGACCUAUUGGGAUUGCGAUUCCCUCGCCCCGCCCCCGUGCGACGCGGGCGCGGAGCUGCAGGGCGAGUUCCAGCGCCUCACGGGACCAGGGGCCGCAACCCCAGAGCCGACGCAGCUGCAGCGCCUGCUGCCCGUCGUGAAGCCCUACACCUGCUCCAGCAACUUCCAGGGUCUGCCCAUGGCGGCCUCGGCGCAGAAGGGUCUCACGUUGGACGACACCACCUUCCUGAACUGCUCGCACCUUCUCCCGCAGCAGUGGCCUCACACGGGUGAGACCGUGCAGGCCCUGCGGCUGUUCAAGUCCUGGGACCCAGCUUGGGACGACAGGGACCGCGAGAACGCGUGGAGCAACAUCGUGGAUUACGUGAACUCAAACAACGCUAAGG